AUGGACAACAACCAGUUUUCAUUCGUAUAUUCCUUCUCAUGCUUACCUUACAUGCAGCAUGGGUUGAUGGAUGCAACCGUUAGAAGUAGUAAAGGGGAGAAGACGGGUCUGAUUGUGUUACUAGGUGGAAUUGGUACUCUGGAUGAGGCUUUUGACAUUCUUCCACUCAUCCAGUUCAAGAGGAUAGUUGAUGAAGCAAAGAUUUUGCUACCCGGGACAUCAUCGAAGCCGAAAAAGUACAACCCGGUGCACCUACAUGUUGUGAGAUGGCUUCCUCCUUUUCAAUUCAACUUUUGA